GGAGAGGGACGGAGAUUGGAGAAAGUUCAGUAUUUUUUUUUAAAGCGAUUGCGAGAGGUAAAAUUGGGAGAAUUAUCUAUAAAAGUCUGAAUGCAAAAAUGUAAAAUUAAUAAUAUCUUCUCCGGACUAGCUUUUGUAUCGCUAUACUUGUAAUCGUAAUCAUACUCCGGACCACAUAUUCUAUUUGGAUUUUCUACACGACGCAUUUAACACUGUUCUUCACGGAGCCUUGAAUAUUGAGCUGUAGAAUAUCGUGCUUUGUCGGAAACAGCAGGGUUGGAGAAUUUUAAGUCAGUGAAAAGUGUAAAAAAAAACAUCCUUUAAUCUAGCACAGCAGGAGAGGCAUCUUUAGCAAAACACGUUCUCUGCGUAACGAGUCAGUAAUAACCUGAUUCAUUUCUCGUUACCAAGUAGCGUGAGCAUCCUUAAAGUUUCAGAUGAACCUACAGAGGUUAUGUCUCUUGCGUUCGCUGCUUGCGGUGCGGUCGAUUCAGAGCUCUGCGUUGAAAUAUUCAGUAUCAGAAGUAGUAGUAGUCGCAGAUGAUGGUACUAUUGUAUGCUGUCAUCCUGAACAGCAAGUGCCGUACGAAUGUACAAAACUUAUACCAGCUCAAAAACCAGUAGAUAGCUCAUUACUUAGUAGCAAAGCAAAGGAAGCUAUGGCCAUUUUCCGACAACAACAUCCAGAGGCAACUAGAGAAGAGCUGGCAAAAAUCACAUUUACCACUAAACAUAGGUGGUACCCAAGAAGUAGGGAUAAAAGAGCAAAAAAAACAGUCUCUGAUAGAGAAUAUUUGUAAAAGAAAUUCAAAUAAAUAGUUGUUCUUUAAGAGAUA